CGGGCUUUCGGUGGUGCAGAGCUCCCGAGUCCGAUGCACUGGAGGACGUCGGAGGGAACCUCGGAAAAUGUUUCCUCAGGGGAGCCUGCGUGUAGAUCCGCAUGGGUGCCUAGAGGUCCCGAGGCGUCCUAGGUAAACGUACUUCUACGUCAAACGCAGCGACGCGGCCUUUGAAGGAGAAGGAAGCGGAGGAGGGGCGGAGGAUUCUAGGACGUACCAAGCUGCUGAAAGCCGCACUAAAAGCUCCCCUCCUGUGGGACACAAGGAGGACACCUUACUUGUAACGAAGGGGACACGUAAGCGCAGCUUUCAAAGCUACCGUAUUUUUUACACUGUACUUGAGCUGCUGCUACAAGGUAGCUCAAUAGCUAGCUGGGCCCCUGCAGGUGACGGCAUUGUUGCGAGAGGGUUUAGAAUGCAGUCUCUGAUGAGCCUCGUUUGGCAAGAGGAGAGGUAGCAUCAGGUUUACAAAGUGUAGUGGUUUGCAACUGAGGGUCAGGGGAAAGUUACAUAUGCUGCUAAUGCAGCAAUAGAUCAGUACGCGACAACAGCGUCUCUAGCAACCACGAGGGGACAGAUGUUUCUUGAGGGGCGUACCAUCAAGGACCGACACAAGUGCUGUGAGCACAGCUUGGCGGAUGUAGCAAGCGUUCUCAUGACUUCGUCUCUUUUCAUGGUCAUAAUGACGGCUUGCAUCCUCGUUGCCAUCAGCAGCCUUGCCUGUGGCAAUGUGGGUAGCAGCGUGGCUCCAAUUGAGCUUGGCGGCCGCCGACUGAAACUCGGAGCUGCCGAAACGUGCAACUUGAGGAUCGCCCCUGCGGCUCACGUGCCUUCAUUUCCGGUGGUGACCGAAACCCUGCAUCCUUCACUCGGUUGGACCUUCCACCGCUCCGAGUCCUGUCCCAACCAAACUCUCAGUCAACAGGCGCAGUCAAAGCCAGGGCCCGGAGCUCUCCUCCGGGCGCUUUGGUGGAGCCCUCGGAGUUUUCUCCAGGGCCUCUCGCUUUUCAAGGCCCUCGUUCUGCUCGCAAAUGAAGCGCGGAUCGCACUUACACCGGUGCGCAACGCCAAGUUCGUCGUCAGCAUGACGACCUCCCCGAAACGCGUGGCAGAGAUCGGGCCUGUCAUCGCUUCCCUCAAGCGGAACAGUCUUCAACCAGACUUGAUUAUCGUCAACCUGCCGCGCCUUUUCCUGCGGACCGGCUCGACAUUCGGUGCGCUCCCGGCGUUCCUCACGUCCGAUCCGGCAGUGCUCGUAAACUGGUGCGACGACUUUGGCCCCGCGACUAAGAUCCUUGGGGCGCUUUCCUUGGUUCACGAUCCGGACACGAUAAUCAUCUCUGUAGACGAUGACAUCUGGUACCCCCCCCACCAUCUCAAGAAGCUGUUUCUCAGGUCGGUAGAGAACCCCGGGCGGGUGAUAACGGGCAAGAGCGCGAUGCCAGGGUUUAUCGUAGAGGGGUUUUCGGGGGUGUUGUACCGGCGCGGGUUUUUCGGCGACCCGGGCGAGGUCGGAAGUUGGAUCAGGGCGUCGCCCAAGAGUUGCUACCUCGCCGACGACUUCGUGAUCUCGAAUUACCUCCUGAACCGACACGUGGCGAUAGACACGUGCAACACGCGGCUCGAGGGCCGGUUCUUGAGACGGAUAGGGCUGGGCCUCGUGCCGCUAGAACAUGGGCUGAGAUCGGACGCUUUGCAUCGUGGGGCGGAUCAGACGUCCCGAGGGAAUCAAGACAACUACGCGAAGUGUAGAGUACAUAUGGAGAGCGAUGGUUCGUUAUACCAGAGCUUCCCUGACACAAGCACGGCCUAUUACUGAUGGGUUCAAUGCUUGUCUGAUGCUGCUAGAACGAACCACGUCACAAUCAAAGCCCCCAUCUCAUGGGCUAAUAAGAAGGCGAGCUGAAAGCCCGGCUUUUAAGUUCUUUGAAAUAAACGGCGCUCGCGUAGGCUUAGCAAGCGGCAAGCUAGUGACUGGACAAAGUGGUUUGAAUUAGUGGUGUUUGUGUAGAUUCGACGUAUCACCGAAUUUGCGACUUUGCGGUGAGAAAUCGUGCACACUCUCUUGAUAGUCAAAUAUGAGCAGCGACUCGAGGAACCAAAUCAAGUGUAACUAGCCGCGCGCCAAUCUCUAGAAAAGACGUGAACGAGUCCGGCCGGAGCUGCAGGCAUGCCUCUGCCUGAUCAUUGCGCAAGCUC